AUGCAUCCCAGGAGGGGCAGGGUAGGCUGCCAGCCCCAGCCAAAGGGAACCCACUUCCCCCCGUUGUUCCCCAUUGUGCCAGUCCCAGUUUCCCGCUGGCUGCUCCUGCUGCUGCUACCAUCCCUUCUGCCCUCUGCACGGCUGGCCAACUCCCUGCCCUGGGAAGAGGAGAUCGUGUUUCCAGAGAGGCUCAACGGCAGCAUCCUGCCAGGUUGGAGCUCCCCGGCCAGGCUGAUGUACCGCCUCCCAGCCUUUGGGGAGAUGCUGCUCCUUGAACUGGAGCAGGACCCUGGGGUUCAGGUUGAGGGGCUGACGGUGCAGUACCUGGGUCGUUCACCCGAGCUGCUGGGCGGGGCUGAGCCAGGCACCUACCUCACCGGCACCAUCAACGGAGAUCCUGAAUCGGUGGCCUCUCUGCACUGGGACGCGGGAGCCCUGUUAGGGGUGCUGCAGUAUCGGGGGGCUGAACUGCACCUCCAGCCCUUGGAGGGAGGCACCCCUAACUCUGCUGGAGGUCCUGAGGCUCACAUCCUUCGCCGGAAAAGUCCUGCCAGCGACCAGGGUCCCAUGUGCAACGUCAAGGCUCCUCCUGGGAGCCCCAGCCCCAGCCCACGAAGGGCCAAGCGCUUUGCCUCACUGAGUAGGUUUGUGGAGACCCUGGUGGUGGCAGAUGACAAGAUGGCGGCGUUUCAUGGCGCGGGUCUAAAGCGCUACCUGCUGACAGUCAUGGCAGCAGCAGCCAAGGCCUUCAAGCACCCAAGCAUUCGGAACCCUGUCAACUUGGUGGUGACUCGGCUGGUGAUUCUGGGCCCAGGAGAAGAAGGCCCCCAAGUGGGGCCCAGUGCCGCCCAGACCCUGCGCAGCUUCUGUGCCUGGCAACGGGGACUCAACCGCCCGGAGGACACGGACCCUGAGCACUUUGACACUGCCAUCCUCUUCACGCGGCAGGACCUGUGUGGGGUCUCCACUUGUGACACGCUGGGCAUGGCUGACGUGGGUACCGUGUGCGACCCGGCUAGGAGUUGUGCGAUUGUGGAAGAUGACGGGCUCCAGUCGGCCUUCACUGCUGCCCAUGAGCUAGGCCAUGUCUUCAACAUGCUCCAUGACAACUCAAAGCCAUGUGCCAGUCUGAAUGGGCCUGGGAGCACCUCCCACCAUGUCAUGGCUCCUGUGAUGGCUCACGUGGACCCCGAGGAACCCUGGUCCCCAUGCAGCGCUCGCUUUAUCACUGACUUCCUGGACAACGGCUAUGGGCACUGUCUUUUAGACAAGCCAGAGGCGCCGCUGCAUCUGCCUGCAACUUUCCCUGGCAAGGACUAUGAUGCUGACCGCCAGUGCCAACUGACUUUUGGGCCUGACUCACACCAUUGUCCACAGUUGCCACCGCCCUGUGCUGCCCUCUGGUGCUCUGGCCACCUCAAUGGUCAUGCCAUGUGCCAGACCAAGCACUCUCCUUGGGCUGACGGCACCCCCUGCGGGCCCACACAGGCCUGCAUGGGUGGCCGCUGCCUCCACGUGGACCAGCUCCAGGACUUCAAUAUCCCACAGGCUGGGGGCUGGGGCCCCUGGGGGUCUUGGGGUGGCUGCUCCCGGAGCUGUGGGGGUGGUGUCCAGUUCUCCUCCCGGGACUGCACAAGGCCCAUCCCCCGGAAUGGUGGCAAGUAUUGCGAGGGUCGCCGCACCCGCUUCCGUUCCUGCAAUACCCAGGACUGCCCAGCAGGCUCAGCCUUGACCUUUCGUGAAGAACAGUGUGCUGCCUACAACCAUCGUACUGAUCUCUUCAAGAGCUUUCCAGGGCCCAUGGACUGGAUCCCUCGCUACUCGGGCGUGGCUGCCCGGGACCAGUGCAAACUCACCUGCCAGGCACGGGCACUAGGCUAUUACUAUGUGCUGGAGCCACGGGUGGUAGACGGGACGCCCUGCUCCCCGGACAGCUCCUCCGUCUGUGUCCAGGGCCGCUGCAUCCAUGCUGGCUGUGACCGUGUCAUCGGUUCCAAAAAGAAGUUUGACAAGUGCAUGGUGUGCGGUGGGGAUGGCUCCAGUUGCAGCAAACAGUCUGGCUCCUUCAGAAAAUUCAGAUACGGCUACAACGAUGUGGUCACUUUCCCUGCGGGAGCCACCCACAUGCUUGUCCGGCACCAGGGCCCCUCUGGUCACCGGAGCCUCUACCUAGCCCUGAAGCUCCCGGAUGGCUCCUAUGCCCUCAAUGGUGAAUACACGUUGAUGCCCUCCGCCACUGACGUGCUGCUGCCUGGGGGAGUCAGCCUGCGCUACACUGGGGCCACCGCAGCCUCUGAGAUGCUGUCAGGCCAUGGGCCUCUGACCCAGCCCUUGACCCUGCAGGUCCUAGUGGCCGGUGACACCCAGAAGUCACGCCUCCGGUACAGCUAUUUUGUGCCCCGGCCAACCCCCUCACCAGUGGCACGGUCCACUCCCCAGGACUGGCUACAGCGGAAGGCACAGAUUCUAGAGGUCCUUCGCCGCCGCCGGCCUUGGGCAGGCAGGAAAUGACCUCAUCAUCCCGGCUGCCCUUUUUGGGCACCGGGCCUUGGACUUGGCUAGGAGAGAGAGGGGGCUCCUGCAGCUGCCUCCACCAGAAACAGUGGGAGAGGCCCUCUUAUGGCCCCCCUGUGCAGGCUGGCCCUGUCAGGGAUUCCUGCCGUUGGUGGCAGUGAUGGAUGGUGGAUGAAGAUAGGAAACAGGCCCUGUGCUAACUGCCCCCUCUGCCCUGCUGGCCACAGGAGGGAGGGGAAGUCAGGGUGGUCACUGUUGUAUUUAUUUCGUAUUUAUUCACUUUCAUUUAGCACCAGGGAGAGGAUGAGGGCAGAGUUGCUGGGGAAACUGACCCCUAGCUCCUCCAAGCCCUCACCUGGUAGGUGGAAGUGAUCUGUGGUAUGUGUGUGUGUGUGUGUGUGUGUGUGUGUGUGUGUGUUUGACAUCCUGCCCUGCUUACCUCUCCCUGAAUCUUGUAUUCUGGGAAGGGGUAAGCUGGGCCUUCAGGGAGUAAGGGAGUAUGAUAUUUUUAACAUAUAAAUUGAAUCCUGCUAUUUAUGUGCUCCUUUUGGAGUCAGACAGAUGUGGGCUGCAGUAUAAGUUUCCUCAUUUGCCAAUAAUAGUACCUCCUUGGAAAUUGAUUAAAGCAUUAAAUAAUGUAAGUAAAGAAGCAACAUCAUGCCUGGACUUGGCAAGUGCUCUACAAAUAGCUACUUUUAAUAGUUAAUACCACCUCCCCUGCCUGAGGGUCUGCACUGUGCCAGGAGAAGGCAGAGAUCCACGCCCUGACUCUCAGGCUUGCUCCUUUGGUUGGAAGAACAUGAGCCCCAGAGCUGAAGCAACCGUCAGAGAAAAGACUCUGUCCCUGAUCCUAGAGGGCCCCAGUCACGUGAUAUAUAAGAACUACCCGGCUACAAGCACGGGUGACAAGAACACAAAGAUGUGGGCCUCUCUGGCGGCACAAGGGUUAGGUGUCAGCACGAUGAAGCUAGCUGCAGCCACUGCAGCAGGAGUUCGAUCCCCAGC